AUGACAGAUUCCUCAGUGUUUGAUCAAUUGAAAGCAACUUUCUUUGUGGAAGAGAAGACAGUUAUAGGAAUGGAGAUUCAGGUUAAUGGUGAGCUUGAAGAAAUUGUCCCAAGUUCAAAUCCAGACUCCCAAACUGAAGUAGAGGAAGGCUUAUAUAUUCACAAGGACUACAGUGAAGUCUUUACAGUUGACACAUAUUUGGAAGAAUGUUUAGCACUUCAGACACAGACCCAAGAUGAAGAAGAAACUAUAACAAACAAUUUGAUGACCCAUAAAGGUUACCCACCAACUUUCAAUACUCCAGUGAGCAAAUUGAAACCAUUUUUGAUAAAGGACCCCCUUUCAGAUUUCAAAGAAGCUAAUUUUUCCAGGAAACAUUUCUCUUUUCAAGAAGAUUUAGAAAUUUCUAUGAAAGAAGAUUUUUAUGUGGAUAAAGAGAAUGUUUAUCAGGAGAAACAAGAAGAUUCAGCAGGUUUGAGUGAGGUUGUAACACUUGCUUUCAAUAAUGUCUUUAUAAAACCAUCAACUUUUCCUUCUGAGUUUGAAUCCUUAAAACCUACAAACCUCAAACAAGAACUAAAGGAAUCAUUAAAUUUAAUGCCAGAAAUAAUAAAUUGUGUAGAUGAAAAUGAAAAACUUUUUAAAGGAGAUCUUCCUGUCAGUCAUGGAGUUGAUAUUGAGGAUAUAAAGUGCACCUACACAGAAAUUUUAACUAUUCAAAGCCAGAGUGAACCAGAAUGCAAUGAACCAGAAUUUAUCAAAUUCAGUAGCUUGCUUACUGCUGAAGAAAAGGCUAAUGAAUGCUAUAUGGUAUGGCAAUUAGAAAGAUGCAGAAAUUUCUUGAACUCAUUUUUACUUACAGUGCCAAGAAUUCAAGGGCUCAACAGCCAGUAUUCGAUUACAGAGCUGAAAAAGGUAUUUUAUAUGGAAGAAAAGAAGCUUGUGGUUAAUUAUGUGAAGGCAAAGUGGUGCAAAAAAGCAGGACUCAGUCCAGUAACAAGAGAAACUUUGGAAUGUCUAAGUGCAUAUUUGUGUCAUGAUCGUCUGUCUUCUAAUAACAUGGAAAUGCAGAUGACUUUGCCUACAGAAGUACUUCAGUUAGCAUCUUAUCCAGAACAUAAAAGUCGUUCCUUACCUUUUGCACUUAUUAAUGAGAAGUUUACACAAGACCAUAUAUCACUUCCACAAGAGAGUCCAUCUCUGGCAAGUAAAGUAACAGAUAUGAGUUUAUCUGAUGAAUGUAUCUCUAUUGAAACACCAAAAAAUGAAGAAAAGCUAAAGAAUGAUCAAGAAAUAAUUGACCAAAUAAAUCAAAAGGAAGAAGCCAAAGAUCACCUUGAACUUGACCACACUGUACCAUUUAUUGAAUCAUCUCCCUCUACAAGAAUUGAAAAAACAUGUUUUGAACAUGGUAAAAAACAGGAGAAUGAUUUGGACCUUUUAAGCAACUUUAUUAUGCUACGAAGUAAAUAUAAGACUUGUACUUCAAAGGCUGAAGUUAUAGACCAUGAUAAAAAAGAUGAUCAAGAACUGACUCAUAAAGAGGAAAGUCUUGUUGUUUUUACUAACAAAACUGUAGAGAAAAUGAAUCCGGAAAGGGGAGCAGAUAAUAUCAUUGAGAUUCAAGCAUCAGUUAGUCAGUGUCAAGCAUACUGUUUCCUAGAAGCAUCAGCUACUCUUAUCUUAAAAAAACUUGUGUGCCUCUGUACUCUCCCUGCUGCUAAUUGGAAAUUUGCCACUGUUACUUUUGACCAAACAAGGUUCUUCUUAAAGGAACAAGAGAAAUUAAUUGACGAUGCCAUUCACCAAGGUACAGAUGAAAAAGAAAUGACAUUCAAGCAUGCUGGUCUUUUACACCUUCUGGUAACAAUCAGAGAUGUUCUUGUAGCAUGCAACUUAGACACAGCAUUGGGAUAUUUGUCAAAUGCAAAAGAUGUCUACAAAAGCAUUUUAGGCUCCUAUUUAGAUGACAUUUGGAGACAGCUUAAGAUCGUACAGUUUGUUAAAGGAAAAAUGCCUGAAGCCAACCAUAAAAUACAAGAAUUACAACAUCAGAUACUAAGUUGGAUGCAAAGUCAACAGCAAAUUAAGGUGCUGGUUAUAAUAAGAAUGGAUUCAGAUGGUGAAAAACAUUUACUCAUUAAAACUCUUAACAAAAUAGAAGAUUUAAGAGUGACUAUCUUUCAUUCAAGUAAAAGAAAAGAUUUUCUGAAAUCUAAAGGUGUUCUAAAUGGUACCAGUUCCUGUGUAAUCAUACAUAAUCAAAAUAUUGGAGCAGAUUUCCCCUGGAGGAGCUUCUCAUUUGUGGUGGAAUACAAUUACGUAGAACACUCUUGUUGGACCAAGCAAUGUGAAAAGUUGGAUAUUCCUUACAUGGCCUUUAAAGUGAUUCUUCCAGACUCAGUUUUAAAAAGAAGCACCGUGCUGGAUAAAUUUGGUGGCUUUCUUUUGGAAAUCCAGAUUCCUUAUGUGUUUUUUGCAUCUGAAGGACUUCUUAAUACUCCAGAAAUACUUCAGCUGUUAGAAUCUAACUACAAUAUCACACUAGUGGAGAGAUGCUGUUGCCCAUCACUGAAGCUCUUUGGAAGUACAGAGCGCUAUGUGGUACUGACAAUUGAUGAACACACUGCUGUAACUUUGCAGGAUCUAGAAGAAUUGAAUUAUGAGAAGGCAUCAGACAAUAUAGUUAUGAGAUUGAUGGCAUUAUCAUUCCAGUACAACUGUUGUUGGAUAAUAUUGUAUACCAAAGAAACAUUAAAUUCAGGGUACCCUCUUACGGAGAGGACACUUCAUCACCUAGCGCUGAUAUAUGCAGCUCUUGGCUCCUCUGGUCUUAAAUCCGAAGAACUGGAUGUAAAGCUUAUGAUUGCCUCAGGAGUAGAAGAGAUUGCCUUGCUAAUUCGACAAAUUGCUGACCACAAUUUAAUGACCUCAAAGAGAGAUCCUCAUGAAUGGUUGGAUAAAUCCUGGCUUGACAUUUCCCCAUCAAAGGAAGAAAUGUACUUACUUGAUUUUCCAUGUAUUAACCCACUGGUGGCUCAGCUCAUGUUAAAUAAAGGACCUUCUUUGAAUCAGCUGUUACUAGCAACUUCCUGUCAACUUCAGGAACUCUUGCCUGAAGUUCCAGAAAAAGUAUUGAAGCAUUUUUGUAGUAUCACUUCCUUAUUCAAGAUUAGUCCUUCCUCCACAACAAAAUCACCUCAAAUUUUGUCACCUCGGGAGGAACAGAAUCAGGCUAGUACCUUCAUUUCUCAGAGUUCAGCUUGUGGCUCUUCAGACUCUGUCAUUCAAGAACAUAAUGACUAUUACGUACCUGCAGACUUAGGAGAGAUAGGACAAGAAGACACAAAUACCAUGUCAAAUUAUAACUCUUCUUUUGUGGAACUAAGAAAAAUGCAGAGCAUUUUACCAUCUAUGACUUCUUACAGUCAGACCAACUAUCAGAAAGACUCCUGUUAUAGCCCUAACUUAGUGCAGAACAAUCCUUUUCUAAUUAAUAGAACAUCAAAGAAAGCAGCUUGUAACUCUUUUCCAAUCCAGAAUGAUUCAGAGUCAGAUGUCUUUUCUUUGGGCCUAAUGCAAAUGAAUUGUGAAACCAUGAUAUCACCAGUUGACACUCAGAGAAGAACUGGCCCAAGUUUUAUAAAUUACCAGAGAAGAGGAACACAUGAAAUGAAAAGAACUACAAAUAAACAACUAUCUACACCUGUCUUUUCACUAGAGGGUUCCCUAUCUCCUAUUCAUUGGAACUUUAAGAAAAACAUAUGUGAAAAACAGAAUCACUCACUCAACUUAAAAUAUGGAGCAAAGCAGACCACCAAUGAUGAGUGGUACUCUCGGAGAGAUAAUUUAUUCACUAAUCAGCAAACACAUGGAGCAGAUGAAUUAGAAGGCUUCACAUGUGAACGUUCAAAUGAUGAGAUGAAAAGGACUUUCUGGGGAGAACUACCAUCUGCUUCUAGUUCAGAUUUAUUUGGUGCUUCUGAUUGUGAUGUAAAUAAAAAAGAAUUGGACAGCUUUUAUUUCUACCAAAGAGCUGGAAAAUGUUUAGGACAGAAAAGGCACCCUGAAUCUGCAUCCCACUCAGGAGACAAGAAAUCAUUAACAGAUGUAAUGUACUCACAACUACCACAACUCAAAAAACGACGUCUAGUGUAUGAAAAAGUCCCUGGAAGAGCUGAUGGACAAACUCGGCUGAGAUUUUUUUGA